CUCUCUCUCUCUCUUAUAAUAGUGUGGCUAAUCUUUAAAUUAAUGGGUAGUUUUCAUUUGUUACCUUUUCAAUGAGAGCUAAAGAGAUGAUCAUAAAACUGGGAUUACAACUCACCACAGAGUUACUACUUCUCUGUUGCUUACUGUGACUUUGUUUAUGAGGGAGAAAGAGACCAUGCAUCAUCUACCAGUCAAAAGUAACUUCGUUGAUUCAGGUUCAGACCCAACCAAACUUGGCUUUCGAGGCAAUAACCAACCCCUCUGCCCAAAGCCUCGCCGCCCUGGAUCUACCAUACCUGAAUUUCUCAGACCCCUCAGAUGUAGCAAACACAGCCAACAAAUUUCUGAUGGAAGGAGUGGAGUUUUGAACCUGAUUACUGAUAAGGCAAUUGAUGGUAGAGAAUCCAUAUGCAGUGGGUGCUCACCAUGUUGUUACUCAGGAUCCCCUCCAGGAAGAACGGAAAAUCCAUUAGUUCAUGAUGUGCAUUUUAUCCAUCAAAUGGAGCUUCUUUCACCAUUUACACGAACCAAGCUUUCUGAUAAGUUUGGCUUCACCUCUGCCUCUCCUAUUUGAUCCUAUCACCACAAUUGAGUAUCAUCCAUGAAAUGGGAUUUCUUACGCCAGAAAAUACCAUUUUUUGGUUUUUUGUAGCAUUGAUUAAUUAGGUAUGAGUGUUUUUUUCUUCUCCUAACCCAAUCAUGGAUUGUGGGUUUCUUUUGUAAGUACUAUGAGAUGGACAGAUUCUUUAACCUUUGUACAUAUCGUUGGAUCCUGCCAA